CCUCAUUUCAACCCUGAUUCUCGAGGUUGAAGGACGAUUUCUGUUUCUCUCUUCAGACAAACACACAAAGCUUCACUCUGCUGAAUCUUCAGACGGUCACAGUGAAGAUGUUGGCUGCUCUGGUUGUCCUGGUAACAGCCCUGCAUGGCGCUGCGGCAAUGACUCACUCUCUGCAGUAUUUCUACACUGCAUCGUCUCAAGUCCCAAACUUCCCAGAGUUUGUGUCUGUUGGUUAUGUUAAUGAAAUUCAGAUGGACCACUAUGACAGUAACAGCAGGAAAAACGUACCCAAACAGGAUUGGAUGAUCACAGCCACACAAGGUGAUCCUCAGUACUGGCAGACACAGACUGAGUAUCGAUUUGGUGCCCAGCAGGCCUUCAAAAACAACAUUGAAGUUGCAAAGCAGCGCUUCAACCAAACUGGAGGUGUCCACAUUGUCCAGAAGAUGUAUGGCUGUGAAUGGGAUGAUGAGACUGGUGAGGUCAAAGGUUUCAAUCAGCAUGCUUUUGAUGGAGAAGACUUCUUAGCAUAUGACCUGAUGACAGAAACAUGGGUCGCUCCAAAACAAGAGGCUGUCAUCACCAAACAAAAGUGGGAACAUAACAAAGCUUAUAUGGCUCAGAGAAAGCACUACCUCACCCAGAUUUGUCCUGAGUGGCUGAAGAAGUACGUGAACUUCGGGAGGAGCUCUCUGCUGAGAAAAGACCUUCCCUCAGUGUCUCUCCUCCAGAAGACUCCCUCCUCUCCAGUCAGCUGCCACGCUACAGGUUUCUACCCUGACGGAGCCAUGAUGUUCUGGAGGAAAGAUGGAGAGGAGCUUCAUGAGGACGUGGAGCUCGGAGAGAUCCUCCCCAACCACGAUGGAUCCUUCCAGAUGAGUGUUGACCUGGACCUCUCAUCAGUCAAACCUGAAGACUGGACCAGGUACGAGUGUGUGUUUCAGCUGGUUGGUGUGAAGGAGCACAUCUUCACCAGACUGGAAGAAGUAAAGAUCAGGACCAACAGAGAGAAGCCACCAGCCACUGACAUGACCACCAUCAUCAUCGCUAUAGUUGUUGUUCUUGCUCUCGCCCUCGUCCUUGCUGUGAUUGGAUUCAUCAUUUAUAAAAAGAAGAAUGACAAACGCCCUCCAUCUCCUGUCAGCAACCCGGAGGUCUUGGAGGAACUCAAUCCAAGAACAUAAAUGACAAACACACCACCCUGCACACAGUUUAUGGAUAAACAUUACACUGGAUCAAGGAGCGCUGCAUCCACAUUCUCCUCCACAAACAUAUUAUUAUAUUAUAUCAUAAACUGAUAGAAUCAGGGUUGGGAAUCUAAUUGUAGAUUUUUAUUGAUUGGAAUACAAAGAAAACAAACUGUAAUAACAAACAAACAAACAAACAAAUAUUUUACAAAUAUUAUCAAACAUGAAUGGAGAUUUUAUUAUUUGGAUCAUUAUGUUUGAAAAUGUGGCAUUUAUUCUGAUAUAAUUUUUGCUUAAGUGAUUGUAAAUCAAAUUGAGGAGGUUUAUUUUUGGAGAGAAGUAAAACAUGAUGUGUAAAAUUAUGAAAUCACCACAACACUCUUCAUACAUACAUAGUAAAGGUUUGUGUGCUCAUCUAAAAAAAAAAACAACAACAACACAUUAAUAGUAUGAUUCUUCUGCUAAUUUAUGUGCAUUCUCAUAUUAUUAAACUCACUUCUUGGUUCUGGCAAUAAGAUAAUAUAAACCUUGAGAUAAAGAGAGAUUUAUUAACCAGUUGAAAGUUAUUUUACUGUUUAUAUUGAUUCAGCCGUUCUUUGAUUCUUUGGUUCUUUGGUUGUAUUUGAUCAUGGGGGACAAUGCUGCAAAUGAAUCAGAAACAUCCCAAAAUAUUCUCUGCUCAUUAGACUCCUGAACAGUAGCGGACUCAGGCCUGAAAAAGCGGGCGAAAGUGCCCUCUAGAUGGGGAAUACGAGAGGAAGUGCCUUAUUGGCUGCCAGUUACACGUGCAAAAAAUGAUUUGGUGCCCUCUAGGGUGCCCCUUCAUAUAAUAAAUAAUGAUGAUGUGCCCUCUAGCGCAAGAAAAUUUGAUAAUGUGCCUUAAUGAGUGCCCUUCUAGUGUCCUUCUUCCUGUUUGGUGCCUCCGUGGUUGAAAGUGCCUAAAGUGCCCUCUAGAUGGUGAAAAUGAGACAAAGUGCCUUAUUGGCUGCCCUUUACACAUGAAAAAACGUAUUGAUUGCCCCUUAGGGUGCACCUUCAUACAAUAAAUUAUGAUGAGGUGCCCUCUAGAAAUUCUAUAUUACACCCAACUGUGAAUAAUGUUAUGUGAGAUGUUUUAUUUAGCUCAUUUAGCUCUCAAAGUGCACAAAAUAGAUGCAUUUUACUUAAAAAUGUACACAUUUUCUUUGCCCCGGACCCCCCUAGAUAGUUCGGUUCGAUGGUUUUAAUUGUCAGUACCAUAUCAUUAAUGACUUUGAUCCGGAUCUCCUUUUAACUUAAUGCUAAUAUUUCAUCAUACAUGAUGCUUCAUAGCUUUUUGCAUGCUGGUGGGGCCCCAUGUUGUGCAGAAUGUUCCCUUUUUAUUUUUUCGCCCCUGCCCUUCUAACAGUCUGAGUCCGCCACUGCUCCUGAAACUUCCCGUAGCUGUCAGUGUGAAUGUCUGUGUGUUUCUUCUGGUGAUGAACUGGACUCCACCUCUCCCAGUGUGUGCUCUCAGCACCACCAACUGCUGAGGAAAUGGAUGGAUCUUUGCAUUACUGUGGCUAAUUAUACAUCACAACAUGGAAUUACAUAUACAGUGUGUAUGCAAACAUACACAAAAUAUAAACAGCAGACAGCACUUUUAUUUUCCAGUUGUGUAAAUAGUUUGUGUGUAUAUAUUUCUUCUUUAGACUGGUUGGAUUUUAAGAUUCUGUUUGGUUCAAGUCAGGCCAAAUAAAAAGAUAAUUUAUGUUGUUGAGGUUUUUCUGAAUGAAUCAUGAGAAGCUUAUGUUGCUGUUUUUCAUUGUUUUGAUGCGUUUUGAAAUAUUUUAUUUUAGCUGAGAUAAAAAAUGGUUGCGGGGUGUUCAAAGCUUCUCAAUACAGUUAUAGAAAUAUUUUAAAUAUUUAAUGAGUAUUUAGGGACAAGGGACAUUUAAUCUCUUAGAUAUGUUAACUGAAGAAAUUUACAGCCAAGCUCUUCUUGUGUUGGGUGAAGUAGAUGAAUGUCAAAUGAAGUUUCCCUGCUAUUUCAUUUCUUUUGUACUUUUGCUUUUCAAUAAAGUUCCCAAUAUAACUAA